AAGACAGAUAUUGAAAUGCACUGUGUGUUCGGUUUUGUCCCGCAGCAACAGAAGAACCUGGAAGGCUAUGUGGGCUUCGCAAACCUCCCCAACCAAGUCUACAGAAAGUCCGUGAAGAGGGGCUUUGAGUUCACGCUAAUGGUCGUGGGAGAAUCAGGCCUGGGGAAGUCGACGCUCAUCAACUCGCUGUUCCUCACAGAUCUGUACUCUGCAGAGUAUCCUGGACCUUCUCACAGAAUCAAGAAGACUGUACAGGUGGAACAGUCCAAGGUGCUGGUAAAAGAGGGGGGAGUGCAGCUGCUGCUCACCAUCGUGGACACACCGGGAUUCGGAGAUGCCGUAGACAACAGCAACUGCUGGCAGCCGGUGACCGAUCACAUCGACAGUAAGUUUGAGGAUUACCUCAACGCAGAGUCGCGUGUCAACAGACGGCAGAUGCCUGAUAAUAGAGUGCACUGCUGCUUGUACUUCAUCGCCCCCUCUGGACACGGACUGAAGCCACUGGACAUCGAGUUCAUGAAGCGGUUACAUGAAAAAGUGAACAUCAUCCCGCUCAUCGCCAAAGCCGACACACUGACUCCAGAGGAGUGCCAGCAGUUCAAGAAGCAGAUAAUGCGAGAAAUCCAGGAGCACAAAAUCAAAAUCUACGAGUUUCCCGAAACGGACGACGAAGAGGAGAACAAGCUAGUGAAGAAGAUUAAGGAUCGGCUGCCGCUGGCCGUCGUCGGCAGUAACACCAUCAUCGAGGUGAACGGGAAGCGCGUGAGAGGGAGGCAGUACCCGUGGGGUGUGGCUGAAGUUGAGAACGGAGAGCACUGUGACUUCACGAUCUUACGAAACAUGCUUAUCAGAACCCACAUGCAGGACCUGAAGGACGUGACUAAUAACGUUCACUAUGAGAACUACCGCAGCAGGAAGCUCGCUGCCGUCACCUACAACGGAGCGGACAACAACAAGAGCAAAGGCCAGCUCACAAAAUUUGAGACAGGUGAUGGCAUGAGUCCACUGGCGCAGAUGGAGGAGGAGAGGAGAGAGCACGUGGCUAAGAUGAAGAAGAUGGAGAUGGAGAUGGAGCAGGUGUUUGAGAUGAAGGUGAAGGAGAAGCUCCAGAAGCUGAAAGACUCUGAGACGGAGCUGCAGCGGCGUCAUGAGCAGAUGAAGAAGAACCUGGAGGCUCAGCAUAAAGAGCUGGAGGAGAAGAGGAGGCAGUUUGAGGAGGAGAAGGCCAGCUGGGAGGUGCAGCAACGUCUGGUGGAGCAGCAGAAGCUCGAUGCCUCUAGGACUUUGGAGAAAAACAAGAAGAAGAAGAUCUUUUAAAGUGUUUCAACCACCACGAUGUACCAAUUGCCAACAAUGCCAGCCUGAACUGUCUGUCGGUCAAGCAUAACGAAAUAUCCCCACCCUCUGUGUGUGUGUGUGUGUGUGUGUGUGUGUGUGUGUGUGUGUGGUGAAAGGACAGCUUCAAGUUUACAGAAGCAAGAGAGGAGGAGGGCAUCCUCUUCAAGUCCUGCACUUUUCCUCAGUUUUACUCGCCCUUACCUUAUUUUGAUCCUCUUGACCUCCAUCUGCAUAAGAAUUGCCGCAAAGUGUGUGUGUGUGUGUGUGAUCUCACACGGUCACCGUCCAGCAGCGGAUACACACAGCCGCCAUGAUAAUUAGUGAAGAAAUCUCUGUGUCAGGGCUGAGCAGUAUGACGUCUAUAAAUCACAAGACAUGAAGGCUUUUUUUAUAACACACAGUAUAUACAGCAGGUUUAUGAACAAAGUGCAGAAAAAGUUCACAUUUAAAUCCUAUUCUUAAAAAUAAAACUACACUUACAGUGAUAGUUAGAAAAAUUACAAGGAAAAGAAAGAAAAAUAAAGCAACUGGUCAAAUAAUAGUUUUGUUUGUUGUGUUUGUUGUAAGUCAGUGUUAUAAAAACAGUGAUACCCUCGAUACUCUCAGAAAAGCGUAUCGUGAGGGAUUACAUGACGUCAUCGUCAUUAUAUCGUCAUAUUGCCCAGCCCUUCUCCACGUCCUAUUCCUCCAUCCCCUCGUUUUUCUUUCCUCUCUGUACCGAUGUGCAGUCCAGAGAGCCGCCCUCUUUUCCCUCAGACACGCCGACAGACUCAAAUUCGAAAUGACCGAAAGGCUGCAGUACACCUCAGGCCAUUUAUUCAUUUUGUUAAUUUUUUUAAAAAUAAAAAACAAUUUAAAAAAAUGUGGCUUUAAUUUUUUUUUUUCUUCUUUCUCUCUAAGAAAUGUUAAGCUCUUCCAUUUUGUGUAAUUUAAGUUAUCUAGCCUCGGACCGCAUUGUAUAACUUUUUUUUUGUUGUUGUUGUUGUUUGUGUAACAUUUCAUUUACUUUUGUUUUGGUCUGUUUAUUACGUGUUCUUAUAUAUUCACCCUGCUACAGUGCUUUACGGAGAUGCUGCGUUAAUUUACCUUGAUCAGCAUCUCAUAAUCUGGACCUGGAGCUUGCGUUUGAAUCCUCAUGGACACAUUUACACCCUGCAUUAACGUACAUCGCGUAUCCGUUAGGGUCGGUUCAGGGUCAUGGUGUAUGAUCGGACCGGUACCUCACUGGUGACCUUUUAAAAACUUCAAAGAGGUUCUGUGGACAGAUGAGAUCAACAAUGGUAAUGGACAACACUAUAUUUGGAGGCAAAAUAGGCACUGCACACCAACGCAUCAUUCCAGCUGUGAAGCAUGGUGGUGGGUGUAUCACUUGCUUCACAUUGCUUCACCUUUUCAAAAUUAGCUUUGUUAGCAUAAUAAAAAUAAUGAUGAUGAUGGAUCUUGUAGAGGAGAACUUUCUCCUGUGCUCACACCUGCCUCAGAUCUGAUCUCAUCCCGGUCGCAAUACAUGCUGACCCUGUUUGUUUGUUUGUUUGUUUGUUUUUAAAGUGGUUAAAUGCUGUCUGAUGAUAACCGAAUCAUUGAAACACGUUAACGCAUGGUGUAAAUGUGCCUGUGCUGGUGUGAUGCUGUAUAAGACCUGUUCUUGAAAAGUUAGGUUUAAGUGGAAUUAAGCAGAACUGCUCAUACAUCUGAAUACAGUUGUGCGUCACUUUUGGAUAACAUUAAUGAGCACGCUGCAGCCGUAUGACGAUUUUAUUCCCCACAGCUUCUCCUUUUCUCUAGUGAGUUAUCUGGUAGUGAGCUGUUAGUGCAAGGCCUCAGUCACAAAGCACGGUUACUCUGAAGGCUUUUGUAGAACAGCUACAACCCUGCAAGCCAAUUUAACAGCGCACCCCCCCCCCCCCCCCCCCCCCCCCCCCCAAAAUAUCUCUUUGGUAUGAUCCAGAUUGGCGCUCGCUGCUUAUUGGCUGAUUGGAGCAAUGAGUGUGAGCUCCCACCCACAGCUGGCCGUUCUCUCACCCAGAAUUAUUAGCUUUCCUUUAUGUAAUGCACCUAUAUAUUUUUUAAAAAUUUGUUCUCUUUUUUUCCAUUUUUAUUGUACAAAGUCACAUAAUAAAACUGUGAUGAUGAACUUAA